AUGGGCAGGGCUGGGCGCCUCAGGAGAAGCCACAAGAUGGAGGUCAGCAUGGAGAAGGCUCUAACGGGGGACCCUAUGCCCUACCAUGCUCUGGAUCCAGAGAUGAACUGCUGCCCCAGCUUCUGCCCCAGCUGCCCCGGCUGCCCGAAUUGCUGCCCCGGCUGCCCCGGCUGCAAGGCCUGUUGCAGCUGCUGCUGCGGCGCCUGGAAAACAGCCCUCUGCUGCCUCCCCAAGCUGCUCUGUCGGCUGCCCAAGCUCCCCGGCUGUCCCGUGCACAUCAAGCGGCUCCUGAUCAUCGUGGUGGUCAUUGUGCUGAUCGUGGUGGUGGUCCUGGGAGCCCUGCUGCUGGGCCUGCACGUGACCCAGGAGCACACGGAGGCUGUUUUGCAAAUGACCAUUGAGGGGCUGGAGGGGGAAGGGUCUCGACUGCAGCUCAUGGACUGGGAAGAAGAGGUGGCGACUUUCUACGUGGAUGCCGGGACCAGCGGCCCGGGCACGGUGGUGUAUGACUACAGUAACCUGCUGAUCGGCUACAGAUCCUGGCAAGGCCGAGCCUGCUACCUCACCAGGAUGGACCAGGAGAACAUUCUGGGCCUGGAUGCUAUUGCCAAAGCCUUCCACCAGCAUCUCCAGCUCAGGUCACUUAUCCUGACUCCCGAGCAGGAGGAAGAGGAGGAGGAAGAAUUCUCCGUGCCCCUGGCUGUUCGCUCCAUCCUGGGCACCACAAUUAACAUCCUCUGCAGCAACGUUCCCAUCCACUGGGCUUAGCAAAGGCUCAGGGGGAUCGAGGGAGCAUCUCCUGACUGCCCUUACUUCCGCCCGGCGCCCAGCACCCCAUGCUCAGCCAAAGCCCAGCCUUGGCUGACUCUGCACCUGGGGGGGGCCUGGGCUGGGCUGCCUC